AUGGCCAACACAUAUGACAGGUGGAUAUAUCAUGGAGAACCUUUAGUCGGACAACCUCAACAUUUUGAAGCCGAUACACAGGCCCCUCAUAUGAUGGGUGGUGGUGAUGCUGGCAUUGAUUUCAUGGAAAAGGUUUUGCGAGAUAAUGCUGGUUUGAAGGAAGAGGAUGGGCAUGAAGAUUAUAGGAUUCCUGACCUAUUGAAGGAUCUGUACGAUGCAGAAGAUCGUGCUGAUGGACAGAAGUCGAUGUUUGCUGAGGUGUUAGAGGAGGCGAAGCGCGCAGCUCAUCAAGGGGGUAAACUUUCAAGAUUUACCUUCACCGUGAAGUUGCUCCACAUCAAUUCGUUCUACCGGAUUAGCAAUGUUGCAUUCAACGCAAUACUCCACCUUGUGACCUUGCAAUUCCCUGAUGGUUGUGUUCCCAGGGCUUAUGAUGAAGCAUUGAGCAUGAUCCACGGGUUGGGGCUAGGUUAUGUUUCAAUACAUGUGUGCCCAAAUAACUGUAUCUUGUUUCAGAAGGAUUUAACGAAGCAUGACAACUGUCCAAAAUGCAAUGCCUUUAGGUGGAAAGAUGCUGAUGGGAAGAAGUCAAUACUGGAGAAGGUACACAGGCACUUUCCGUUGAUACCAAGGCUGCAGUGGAUGUUUAUCUCGAAGAAAUCAUCGCUGGAGGUACAAUGGCACAAGCUGAAGCGGCAACCUGUGGACAAUGAGUUGAGCCAUCCAGUGGACGGAGAGGCAUGGAAAGAGUUUGACAAGUCUCCAGGAAAGGAUUUUGAUGUCUUUAUGGAGCCCCUCGUAGAAGAACUGCUCCAUCUCUGGACUGGUGUACCUACAUAUGAUGCCUUGAGUCCGAAAGAAAAGUUCAAUCUACGUGCUGCAAUCAUAUGGUCCAUCCAUGAUUUCCCGGCGCAGCACACUCUGUCUGGGAGGAUCACAACGGGUUAUCAGUGGCGAAGAAGCAAUGAUUUUAAUGGUGAGAAUGAAACCCGUGACAAGCCAGCCGAAUUCACUAAAGAAGAGCUGGAGCAGCAACUUGAAAAGAUGAAGGAUGUGAGACCAGGAAAGCUUGCAAAGAAAAGAAAGCAUGAGGAAGGUCAAUGUUGGGACCGGAGGUCUUGUUUGUGGGACCUGCCAUACUGGGCUGUUAUGAAAUUAAGGCAUAAUCCCGAUGUAAUGCAGAUGGAGAAAAACAUAUGCGAGAAUCUGCUAGGGAUGUUUCUGAACAUUGAAGGGAAGACAAAGGACACGGUUAGUCCUAGGCUUGAUUUGGAGGACAUGGUCAUAAGAGAAGAUUUGCAUCUACAACAUGAUGAAGAUGAAGAUUCAUUUGAAAUGCCACAAGCAUGGAAUACAAUGAGUAAUCAACAAAAGCUUGCAUUCUGUGAAUUCAUAAGAACGGUGAGAUUUCCAGAUGGUUAUGCUAGUAGCCUACCAAAGUGUGUUACUUCUGAUGGAUUCAAGCUUUCGGUACUGAAACCCCAUGAUUGUCACAUCCUCUUCCACAGGAUUUUACCGGCGUGUCUCUGGGGAAUCAUGGACAAGGAUAUAUAUGAAGCGGUUGCUGAGCUGGGAAAUUUCUUUAGAGAACUGAAAUGCGAGUUCAAUAAGGAAGAAAUCCAGAUCAAUGUUGAUAAAAGGGUUGCCACGGGAUUUGCUAAAUGGUUUAAGAAUAAUAUUGGAAAGUUGCAUGAGGAGAAGAAAGGUCAGUGA